CAUCAAUGUCAGGCAAUGAUACUCGGCCUAUAUCGGCUUUCGGCACACAGCAGGAGCAACAUGUUGAUGAAGCUGUUGGGGCGAUCGUUUUCCACGGGAGUAGGUCUGCCAUGGCAUCUCAUCUUCGGUCACACUUUCCAAUUUUUGCAAUCGUGAUUUGCAGAGUUACAGCUUUCUGAUCGCUCACCGUGAACACAAAUAGAAAACCUGGACGCUGAAAUUCGAAUGAUCAUGUCGCAACAAAAACUACAAGAACAGGACGAGGUUCUGGCGAAGCCUUGGGAUAUCGUGAUCGUGGGCACGGGAGCUGCGGCUUUGACUGCGGCUCUUUCUGCUGCUGAGCAAGAGCCAAAGCCCAGUAUUCUGCUCGUGGAAAAAGCUCCUGAAGAAUGGGCUGGCGGGAAUGGAUACUUCACUGCUGCGGCUUACCGCACGAGACACAAUGGCCUCAAAGAUAUGUUGCCACUGGUGUCCAAUGUUCCUGAUGACUUGAAAGACAAGAUUGAUCUUCCUGCAUACCCCGAAGAAGCUUUCCACGCGGAUUUGCAAAGAGUCACGGAUGGGAGGAGUAGUAAGGAGUUGGGAGAUGUUGUUGUGAAAGAGAGUUUGGAUGUUGUACGAUGGCUGAAAGAAGUUGGUGGUGUGGAUUGGUGGCUGUCGUUCAGGCGACAGGCGUAUCAAGUUGAGGGCAGGUGGCAAUUUUGGGGUGGACUGUGUCUGACUGUGAAGGAUGGUGGGAAGGGACUGAUUGCGAAUUUGUUGCAGGCGGUGAGGAAGAAAGGGUGUGUGAUAUCGUUCGAGAGCGAGGCGAAGAAGAUUGAAGUUGAUGAAAAUGGUGCGACAGUUGGGCUUCAAGUGGCCAAAGGUGGACAGAGGUAUCAGGUGAGGACGAGGAAUGUUAUUCUGGCUGCUGGUGGGUUCGAAGCCAAUCCGGAGCUGAGAAAGAAGUGGAUGGGACCUGGUUGGGAGUUGGCGCACACUCGAGGCACGCCAUACAAUACUGGUGACAUGUUACAAGCUGCGAUCGAUAUUGGUGCUCGUAGAGUGGGCGACUUCAGUCCUACUGGUUGUCACAGUGUGGCUUGGGACGCAGAUUCACCCAAGUCCGGAGGUGAUCGAGAGAAGACGAAUGAGUUUACCAAAUCUGGCUACCCACUCGGUCUAAUGCUCAAUGCGGAGGGCAGUCGUUUCGUCGACGAAGGAGUUGAUCUACGCAAUUAUACAUAUGCCAAGUUUGGCAGAGCGAUUCUGGAGCAGCCGCAAGGGAUCGCUUUCCAGGUGUGGGACCGAGAAGGUCAGCAGUGGCUGAGAGCCGAAGAGUAUCGCGACGAGAUCGUGAGGAAGGUGACAGCGGACUCGAUUACGGGCCUGGCUCGUAAAUUGCAUGAUGAGGGCUUGCGAAAACCAGGCGAGUUUGUACAGACUAUCAACGAGUACAACUCCGCCGUUGCAGCUUAUCGAAUAGAGCAUCCAGAUGCGAAGCUCAAUCCUGCGAUCAAAGAUGGACUGUCAACGCAAUCCGCAGCUGUUCGCCUUGGACUACCGAAGUCGAACUGGGCAGUACCUGUCAAUCAACCGCCGUUCCUUGCCAUCAAGGUCACAUCUGGGAUCACGUUCACCUUUGGUGGCCUGGCCAUCAACCCGGAAAAUGCAGCCGUACUGCGUGAAGACGGAUCAGAAAUUCGAGGGUUGCACUGCGUGGGAGAAAUGGUGGGGGGCCUCUUCUACUCCAACUACCCAGGUGGCUCUGGUCUGACAGCCGGUGGCGUCUUUGGGAGACGUGCGGGCAGAGCUGCUGCUGCAAGCGUACAGAAUACAACCUCUUAGGUGUAGAUGCUGUGCGAUCCGUGUAACGGCGCCACC